GUGGACUGGUGAAACUGGCCGUAGGGUCAAAGGUUAACCUUCUGGAGACUCAUUGAUCCGAGGCCGUUAGCAUCAACCAGAGUGGCUCAGCGCUGGACUCAGUCCUGUUUCCUUGUCCAAUCAUUAACCCCCUGCAGUCGUCCUCUGCUGCUCCACUCUGCUCCGUCCUCCAGUCCUCCAGUCCUCCAGUCCUCCAGUCCUCCAGCAGCCUGCAGACGGUAAGUACAGCCAGAAAAUCCUCUUUUCUUUUUCUGUAAUCCUUCAGGAAUUUCCCCAGACUGUUCAGAUCGUUCAGGUUUCGGGUCCCAGGGAGACGGGGGUGGUUUGGACGGUCUGGGAUGUUAGUGGGUAGGUUUUGGGUGGUUGAUGAGUUUUGCUGUGACGGACCUGCAGUUCGGACACUGACGUGUCCAGGCCGCUCCUGACUGUCCACGUUGCGACCCUGGGAUGGGCUUCACCGACUUGCUGGACCAGGUGGGCGGCUUUGGUAGGUACCAGUGGAUCCAUGUGAUACUAAUCAGUUUACCUGGUCUGAUGACGGCGAGUCAGAACCUGCUCAACAACUUCGUCUCAGGAAUCCCGGUCCACCACUGCAAACCAGCGACCAAUCAGAGCCUGCAUGACCUGGGGCGCACCUACCAGGUAGACGAGGAGCAGCUGCUGAAGGUCUUCAUCCCUCCAGAUCCUUCAGGAAAUAGACUCGACCGCUGCAGGAGGUACGUGGAGCCGCAGUGGCACAUGUUGAGCCUGAACAUUUCUCUGAAUGCCAGCGAGCUGCAGACCGAAGGAUGCGUGGAUGGAUGGAGCUUCGACCAAUCAGAGUUCUCAGCCACCACCGUCUCCGAGUGGGACCUGGUGUGCUCUCUGCGUCCUCUGAAGCAGAUGAUCCAGACCAUCUAUAUGGGUGGCGUUUUAACCGGAGCCAUUGUGUUUGGUGGCCUGUCGGACAGGUUUGGCAGGAAGUCUGUCCUUAUAUGGUCAUAUCUACAGCUGGCUGUGCUUGGUUGUAGCUCCGCCCUCUCUCCUUCAUACACCGCCUAUUGCAUCUUCAGGUUUCUGAGCGGGAUGGCCAUGUCUGGAAUCAUCCUCAACGGAGUCUCACUCAAGGUGGAGUGGAUCCCAACCAAAACCCGGACAGUAGUGGGAACUCUCACCUCCUUCUUCUUCACCUUUGGUCAGAUGAUCUUGGCAGGUCUUGCCUACUGGCUGAGAGACUGGAGGAAGCUCCAGCUGGUCGUCUGCGCUCCUCAGUUCCUGUUCUUCACCUACAGCUGGUGGUAUGUAGAGUCAGCUCGUUGGCUGGUGCUGAACCGUCGGUCUGAGGAAGCCUUAAAGGGUCUCCACAGAGUCGCUCGGAUCAAUCGGAGACCAGAGGCCAUCAACAAACUGACCUUAGAGGUACUUCACUCUCACAUGAGUAAAGAGAUUGAGUCGAGCCGUUCAUCGUUUACAGCCUUCGAUCUGGUGAAGACCAGAAGGAUAAGACGCAUCUCCAUCUGUCUGACAGCCGUCUGGUUCUCCACCAGUUUUGCUUACUAUGGUUUGGCGAUGGACCUGCAGAAGUUCGGGGUAAGUAUUUACCUGAUGCAGAUCAUCUUUGGAGCUGUAGAUAUUCCUGCAAAGUUCUUGGCUCUGGGUAUGCUCAGUUACCUGGGCAGGCGGGUCUCCCAGGUGUCGUGCCUGUUCCUGUCGGCUGUCAUCAUCUUUGCCAACAUCUUUGUCCCCACAGACAUGCAGAGCCUCAGAACCACCCUAGCCUGUCUGGGUAAAGCCUUCACAUCGGCCUCCUUCACCACCGUCUACCUGUACACCGGAGAGCUCUACCCCACUGUCAUCAGGCAGACAGGAAUGGGCUUCGUCUCCACGAUGGCGAGGAUUGGCAGCAUGGCAGCGCCUGCAGUUCUGAUCCUGGACGAGGUGUUUCCUGCACUACCCAGUAUGGUCUAUGGGGGCGCUGCAGUGCUGGCCAGCGGUUUCGCCUGCUUCCUGCCGGAGACGCUCAACAAGCCGCUGCCCGACACCAUCGAGGACGUGGAGGAAAACAGGACUGGAGGAAGCUGUGGCUCCCACCUGAAAGAGGGCGUGGCUCUGAAAGAGGGCGUGGCUUCUCCUGAUGACUGCAGCGUGGUCACAAAGGAAGGCGUGGCAUUAAAAGGACUGAAUGAGAAAGAGGGUAGUGGCCUCAAUGCUCUCUAACCAAUCACAGGAUGCUACAUCACAGGGUCUGGACCAAUCACAGCAGACCAAUUAGACAUGUGGACAAUUUUAACAGUAAAAUUUAAUCUAUAAUCAAUAAGCAGGUGAUUGUUUAGAGAUGAGAAGAACAUGAGCUGACCAGAUGAUGAAUGGCGUUUAAUGUCUUGAGUUGAGAUAUGAAUAAAUUGACUGAAGACACUGAUUAUUGAUUACUGAUUAUUGUCUGAAGCACUUAUUGGCUGCCGUCAAUAAACAUGUUGAUAAAUUGA